CCGCUGCUUCUCAGCGCCAGCCUAGCGGGCGGACGCGCGCGGCAUCGCCGAGCACCCUCUCUUUUAUUUCUAUUUAACAACUUUUUUUUUAAUUUUUAUGUUCGGCAUUUUCCGGAAUUUCCAAGCGUAGACUCGCGCGCGUGCCGCCCGCCGGACGAGCGGGAUCUCCGGGCCCUGACGAACCGCCGCGCCGCGCCGCCCCCGGGGUACUCAGUCAGUCCGGCCGCCCCCCCUCCAUGUGUGUCGGCUUUGUGCUUUUUUCCCCCCCUUUUCUUUUUUUGAAUGGAGCCGGGCGCGUACCUUUUUUUUGGCACAUCGCUUUAACCCCGGCGUUACGGGACGGGCGCUUUCAUAGAUGUGCAUUUACAUUAAUAUUUAUAUACAUUUCAAGCGGACUAGAGCGCGACUUCCAAGCCGGCGAUAAUAUCCCUGCCUGUCAGUGGAAAGAGCUCCAGAAAUAAACGUUGCUGUCAUUUAUAUUUUAUUUUAUUAUUUUUUUUCUUUUCCGAGCGGGGGGUGGAUAGGAGGGAGCCGAGUCGCCUUCAUUUGGACGCCAUCCUCCUGGCGCAAGAAAAAGGCGCACUUCUUUUCACUGAGAAUUACUGCUGGGGGAGACACAUUUCCAGGCUGUUAUGUACAAUUAAGAGAGCGGUGGACCCCGUUUGGACAGUUUGCUCAGUAUUAUUGGAGCAUGGGGAAGCCAGGGCCACAGAAAGUGCUUGAGUGGAAGGAUGGACGACGGAUCAAACAUGCCCGCAGCGGCCGGCCGUCACGUAUCCCCACCCAGUACCAGGGACAAUUCAGCUGGGAGAAGUACCUGAAGGAGACAGGUGCCACAGCGGCCCCCGCCUACUGUUUCCGACAGAGUGCCACGCCUCCAGUGAACGAGUUCAAGGCAGGAAUGAAGCUGGAGGCCCAGGAUCCACGCAACACCACGUCCACGUGCAUCGCCACGGUGGUGGGCCUGACCGGUUCGCGGCUGCGCCUGCGUCUCGAUGGCAGCGACAACAAGAAUGACUUCUGGCGCCUGGUGGACUCCUCCGAGAUUCAGCCCAUCGGCAACUGCGAGAAGAAUGGUGGCAUGCUGCAGCCACCACUGGGCUUCCGGCUAAACGCUUCCUCCUGGCCCAUGUUCCUGCUCAAGACCCUCAACGGGGCAGAAAUGGCGCCGGCCCGCAUCUUUCACAAGCAGGAGCCCCCUGCACCGGAGAAGAACUUCUUCCAGGUGGGGAUGAAGCUGGAGGCCGUAGAUCGCAAGAACCCGCAUUUUAUCUGUCCGGCCACUGUGGGGGCGCUGCGCGGGUCCGAAGUGCUGGUUACCUUCGACGGCUGGCGGGGUGCCUUCGAUUACUACUGCCGCUAUGAUUCGCGGGACAUCUUUCCCGUGGGCUGGUGUGCCCUCACCGGAGACAACCUGCAGCCGCCUGGAACCAAAGCUGUGCUGCCGAAGAGUUUGGGCCCCCCACAGGAGGGCAGUGUGGAGGGAUCCGCCGUGCAGCCCUUGCCGGGCAAGUCCCCUGGGCAGAGGAACCGCAAACCAGGGCGCAGGAAAGGCAAGCUGGCCGGAGCCUGGGGUGCCAAGGGGGCUAACGGCAAGGGACUGGAGCCCGUCAAGAUCCCCAAGAAGAGAGGCCCGAAGCCUGGCAGCAAGCUGGGAUGGGCAAAGCGGACAGCCUGGCUGGAGGGGCAGAUUUCAGGGCCAGGCCGUCCCCUUUCCCGGCCCAGGGGCCGACUCCCGGCCAGCUGGACACAGAGGGCAGCCCUUCAGGCAGCCCAGGGGGAGCCCCUUAAGAUCCCCAAGAAGAGGGGCCCCAAACCGGGCAGCAAGAGGAAGCCCCGGGUGGUGUCCAAUCCCAUGCCCACAUCCCCUACCAGCAGCACCCCAGAGCCUGACACUAGCAGUGUGCCCUUGGACAAUGCCACCAUCCCUAGCGCCGCCCUUCAGGCGCCCACAGUGUGUGUGUACCUGAACAAGUACGGCAAGACGGGGCCCCACCUGGACCCGUGGCGCAUACAGAACCUGCCGGACCACUUUGGCCCGGGCCGGGCCUCUUCGGUGCUGCAGCAGUGCGUGCAGGCCUGCAUCGACUGUGCACACAACCAGGCCUCCGUCUUUGCCUGCCUGAAGCCAGGCCACGGCGGGGAGGUCAUAUCAGCCUACUUUGAGCAGCAGCACCACACACUCACCCUGCCGGCCGUGAACAGUGUCACCUACGUGCUGCGUUUCCUUGAGAAGCUUUGCCACAACCUGCACAGCGACAACCUGUUCGGCAGCCAGCCCGUAUCCCUGGGGGGCCCCCACUAUCCCUACAGCGACAGGAAGAGCUUUAGUGAGGGCCGGAGUACCAAGCGAUUCCUGCACGACUCCUACAGUGGCCAGGUCACCCACAAGCUGGCGAAAAGCCUCCGCCACUCUUCUGAAGCCGAGCCCUUAGUCCUGGAGAACGGAGUUGGGGGUGGGCCAGAGCACCUGGAGCCCUCGCCGCUUACGCCUGGCAUGCCAGGCCGCCCCCUGGCCCUGCGCUCGCUCUCCCAGCAGGGCAGCCCCCCCAGCAAGCUUCUUCGCCUGAGCUCCGCAGGUUCGGACCGCUUCCUGGGCACCCGAGAGAGCCCCUGGCCCAGUGGGCAGGACCCCAGCCUGUGGACAGUGGAGGACGUGAUGCAAUUCAUCCGGGAUGUGGACCCCCAGCUUGGCCCGCACGCAGAGCUUUUCCGGAAACACGAGAUUGAUGGGAAGGCCCUCCUACUGCUGCGGAGCGACAUGAUGAUGAAGUACAUGGGACUGAAGCUUGGCCCCGCCCUCAAACUGACCUUCCACAUUGACAGACUCAAGCAGGGGAAGCCCUGAGCAUCCUGCGAAGAUCCCCCCCCCACCCCCGAACUGGAACCUGCUCCACACGGUAUAUGAUGCGCACAGAGAAGGCACUUGCUGACCAUCGUCGUAGCAAUCACAAGCCAGCCUUUGGGGUCAGAGGUCAAGCUUCUGGCCCUCACACGAAUCAGCCAUGGCCAGUCUUUAGGGCCCUGAAGUGUUACCCAUGAGCCUCUGCUACACUUCCUGGACCCCCUCCCUCGAGGGAUGUGAUGGUUUUUUGAAUGUUUUGGCACCAGCCGAGUAGAGAUUGGUGCACCUGUGUUUCGAAGCCUCAGUUUUCUCUCAUGUAGCACGUACAGCCUGCCCCAAGGGCGUCACUGAAAACUACAAACUCACCUGCAGUCUCUGCUUCCUGGUACCAUACUGCUACACCUUGGUUCUUAAUUUUGACCUCUUGGCCAAGGACACUUUAUAAAGACUGUUUUGGCCUUUUUGGCCUGUGUUUUUAUGAAAUUGUUUUAAUUUUUAUCGUGUGUGUGUGUGUGUGUGUGUGUGUGUGUGUGUCUAUAUAUAUAUAUAAAUAUAUAUAUUACAAAUUCCCUUUAACUCUGGAAAAGAUGCCUCUUUUUAACCUCAGUCGAGGCUUUUUUUUAUAUAUAUAUAUAAAGGACUGUUAUCCCCCCACCCCAUGUAAAUUCCCGGAUAAACACUAGCUCUGACCCCAACCUUUUGGGAUUGAUAUUGUACUGACCUCUCCUGAGGCAAUUUGUUUUUUUUUUUUAUACUUUAUACAACUUUGAGAUGUACUGGAAUAAAGGGUUACUGAAUGUGCUGUCAUGGAAAGGGCAGUCUGUAUAUCCUCAUCGAUGUUAUAUGCGAUUGCUCUGUCUGUUUCCUGUCGUUUGUACUUUUUUUAUUUUUUAUACUAUAUUAGAAGGUAUACAUUGAGAGAAUUCUUACUUAAUACGGUUCAAUAAAAUUAAUUUGAAGCUGA